UCGUCGUCGCGGGCGCAGGCGGGAGGGUCGGGAUGGUCCCUCGGGGCGGCCCAGCGGCGGCGACGCCCCCCUAAGGGCCGCCCCCUCGCCGCUCUCCGACCGUCGGAAGCGCCUGGGGCGCAGGAGGAGGCGGCUCGGGCGCUGCUGCCGCGGUUGCUGCUGCACAGGCUGCGGGCUGGCCGGCCGGCCAUGGCCAAGGAGCAGGACGCCGAGGCGGCCGGGGCGGCGUCGGCGGCCGCAGCCGGGGCGGGAGGCCCCCCCGGGAGCCGCGCUCGCCAGCAGCCGCCACCGCCGCCACCUCUGCAGCCGCGCCUCUGCCACAUGCUGAAGGGCGACAACGGCUACGGCUUCCACCUGCACGGCGAGAAGGGCAAGAGCGGCCAGUUCAUCCGCAAAGUGGAGCCCGACUCGCCGGCCGAGGCGGCCGGGCUGCGCGCCGGGGACCGCGUCGUCGAAGUCAACGGGCUCAACGUCGAGAAGGAGACGCACCACCAGGUGGUGCAGCGCAUCAAGGCCGUGGAAGCAGAGACUCGCUUGCUGGUGGUGGACAAAGAGACCGACGAGUACCUGCGGAGCCUGCAGCUCACCUGCACCGAGGAGAUGGCCCGCACGGGCAUCGUGGCAAACCCCGAGGUGUCGCCGGUCAAGCCGACUGCAAGCGACAACAACGGCGAGGCCUGGAAGCCCCAGUUGGACCUGAGCAACCGAAACCUCAAGAGGCACAAGCACAGCUUGAGCUCAGAGAGUGGGAAGAAGGAUCUGAACGGGCAACCCAAGGACCUCUGCCCGCGACUUUGCCAUCUCAAGAAAGGCCCCACUGGCUACGGGUUCAACCUCCACAGUGAGAAAGCCAGGCCCGGGCAGUUCAUUCGGUCUGUAGACCCGGAUUCACCAGCAUCCAAGGCAGGACUCCGACCGCAGGACAAACUCGUUGAGGUCAACGGGAUCAACGUCGAGGGCCUGAAGCAUUCCGAGGUAGUGUCACAUAUCAAGUCCAAGGAGCAUGAAGCCACACUGCUAGUUGUGGACCCCGAAACAGACGAGUAUUUCAAGAAACUGGGCAUCACCCCUACAGAGGAGCACAUCGGAGGUGGACUUCCUCAGCCCAUGACCAAUGGGUCAGCACAAACGCAGCUGAAUGGGGGAUCCAUGUCCUCGUCCCACAGCGAUUGCCAAAGUCCUGAGAAGGAGUCUGAGGUGGGAGAGCCUGGGAAGAAGGAUCCGUUUGAGGAGAGCGGCUUGAACCUGAGUCCCACGGCAGCGGAGGCCAAAGAGAAAGUGCGGGCCAAGCGGGUGAACAAAAGGGCCCCCCAGAUGGACUGGAAUAAGAAGCGGGAGAUCUUCAGCAACUUCUGAGCCGGCCGGGGAGCUCCUCUCGACUCCUGUUGCGGCUCCCCCCACCCCGGCCUGGAGACAUUUGCAAACGAGCACGGGGAUGGCGACAGCCGCGCUGUGCCUCCAACGGGCACCGCUCCAAGGCGUGCCAGGCUCUGCUUUUUACCAUAGGUUUGUGUUGCUUUGUACAAAGCACAUUCCCUCCUUCCCCACUGCCCCCAGCCUCUUUUAUUGUACAAAAGUGGUCAGAGAGAGAGAGAGAUUGAAACUGCAGGGCUCAAACACACAAAAUAGGCAACUGUGAAGCUGCCACAGUAACAAGCAGGAAAAGCAAGCGGCAAUUUUCCUUUCCUUUUUGAAUCGCUUAACCUGCAAUAUUUAGAAUGCAUUAUUUAUAGGAUCAUUUUUAUAUCAUUAAUUGUUUGAGCUUCUUCUGCCUCUUCUUGUAGCAAUGUCAAUAUUUUUUUUUAUAAUGUCCCAACCAGAACUUGUUAACCAGAGCCUUUCCACUUAACUGGAUGCUGCGGUCUGCACUGUGAUGGGUUAACAGCAGCUGUUGCCAACCUGGUGCCCUCCAGAUGUUCUAGAUAAUGCCCACUCCUUGCAGCAGCCCUUGGUUUCGGGCAGGAGGGGGCAUCAGGUUGGCAGAGACUGCUGGGUUUCCAUGUUGGCAUCCUCAUAAAUGUGGUUGCCUGACCAUUUCGUGAUUGUGCGAGUUUUCUCUGUGGCUUUAAACUUGGACUUUUUAUUUUUUAAAGGAGGGAAAUUUUUCCCACCCCUCCAUCUGUUCGUAGUUAGUGCUUGAAACGCCCUGACCCUUUAAGCCUCAGGCACAGCAAGCCCCCUUUUCUUUGCAAAUUGUUUUUGCCUUGUUACCACUUUUCAGAACAACUGUGCUUUCCGAAAAGCCCCUUCCCUUCAACACUUUUCAGAACAAACAUGCUUUUUGAAAAGUCCCUUCCCUACCAAUCGUGGCAAAAGACCACAAUUAUUAGGUGCACUCAGGUGCAGAAAUGCAUGCUGUCCCUUGCCAACCCCCUGGGGCCAGGGUAGGGUAGAAGGAGGGGGGAAAAGCAAGUGCCCCCCCUCUUUCUAAAUCCUGACAUUUAUAAGGAACACUGAUCUGAAUUGGCUGUAGCCAGAAGCUGGAAAUAACACUUUCUAGCGAGACUCGGGAGAAGCACAGGAAGACAAUUGUAUCCGUGAAAUACUAACAUUCCUGGGAGCGGUUCCUUUGG